AUGUCUUAUCAGCAACACGAGUCUGAGCAGACAUCGCGCCUCCUCGAUCUACCCGGCGAGCUGCGCAACAGAAUCUACCGUGAAGCCUUACUCGAAGACCCAGUCACGGUCACGGCAUCCUCAUUCAUCGAGCCCGGAAUCAUCCGCGCGUGUAAGCAGACAAGAAGCGAGGCCGGUCCAAUAUUCUACGCAGAGAACGAGUUCGAGAUUGAGGUCCGGGCCUAUAACUCAGACGUCAUCAUCCAGUGGCAGAAAGUCGGGGAGAAGGUCGAACACGAAUUCAAGGUUGGCGAGGUACGCUCUCGAGUCGCGAGCGGACAGCAGACGCCGCACUGGGCGAACUUCGAGCAGUGGCUGCAUCGGGUGCGUGCAAAGGUGAUUACUGUUCGCUGGGAGCCACCGAGCCCUGAAGACGGUGGUGGGGCGGAGAGACGAUGCCUUCGCAAUCUUUAUCGUUUCGCGGAGUUGGCGAGUCAUCUUGGAGACUCAGAGUAUUGGAGUGUGUUGUCGGACUGCCAACUGUGUCUCAAGAUAGCGAAUCCACUUUGGGCGGGAGACAUUUCCAUGCAGAAUCCAGGGGCUUGCUCUUCUGAAAUUAUCUGGACUCCCGCAGACUUCUACUAA